UGCUCGCCCUGAGGCUGCUUGCAGGUGAGCCGUUGCAAGUUCAAGGGGCUCCCCUCGCUCUGCCGCCACCUCCCAGCUCUCGGCCCGGGUCUGCGGGAGGGAGCCCCCUCCAGACCCACCAUCCAGUUGUCCUAAGCCCAUGCGGAUCGUCCGGAUCGCUGUGAGGAUUCUCUUGCACUGAACUGAUCAAAUACUUUGAAAAUGACUUCAAAACUUCUCUGGGUAUCCUUCAUACUUGCUGCAUUAAUAUUUUCAAUUACGUUUUCUCUCCAACCAGACCAGCAAAAGGUUCUACUGGUUUCAUUUGAUGGAUUCCGUUGGGAUUACUUAUAUAGAGUUCCAACACCCCAUUUUCAUUAUGUCAUGAAGUAUGGUGUUCAUGUGAAGCAAGUUACUAAUAUUUUUAUUACAAAGACCUACCCUAACCAUUAUACUUUGGUAACUGGCCUCUUUGCAGAGAAUCAUGGGAUUGUUGCAAAUGACAUGUUUGAUCCUAUUCUGAAUAAAUCUUUCUCCUUGGAUAACAUGAGCAUUUAUGAUUCUGAGUUUUGGGAAGAAGCAACGCCGAUAUGGAUCACAAAUCAGAAGGCGGGACAUUCUAGUGGUGCAGCCAUGUGGCCUGGAGCUGAUGUAAAAAUACAUAAUAGCUUUCCUACUCACUACAUGCCUUACAAUGAGUCUGUUUCAUUUGAAGAUAGAGUUGCCAAAAUUAUCGAAUGGUUUACAUCAAAAGAGCCCAUAAAUCUUGGUCUUCUUUAUUGGGAAGACCCCGAUGAUAUGGGCCACCAUUUGGGACCCGAGAGUCCGCUCAUGGGGCCUGUCAUUUCGGAUAUUGACAAGAAGCUGGGAUAUCUCAUACAAAUGCUGAAAAAGGCAAAGUUGUGGAACAUUCUGAACCUAAUUAUCACAAGCGAUCACGGAAUGACCCAGUGUUCUGAAGAAAGGGUAAUAGAACUUGAUCAGUAUCUGGAUAAAGACCACUAUACUCUGAUUGACCAAUCUCCAGUAGCGGCCAUCUUGCCAAAAGAAGGUAAAUUUGAUGAAGUCUAUGAAGCACUAGUUCAUGCGCAUCCUAAUCUUACUGUUUACAAAAAAGAAGAGAUUCCGGAGAGAUGGCAUUACAAAUACAACAGUCGGAUUCAACCAAUCAUAGCAGUGGCUGAUGAAGGGUGGUACGUUUUACAGAAUAAGUCAGACAGCUUUCUGUUGGGCAACCAUGGUUACGAUAAUGCAUUAGCAGAAAUGCAUCCAAUAUUUUUAGCCCAUGGUCCUGCCUUCAGAAAGAAUUUCACAAAGGAAGCCAUGAACUCCACAGAUCUGUACCCCCUGCUCUGUCACCUCCUCAAUAUCACCGGCAUGCCACACAACGGGUCAUUCAGGAAUGUCCAGGAUCUGCUCCGUCCCACAGCCCCAAGCGUGGCUCCUCGCACGCAGAGUCCUACACUCAUCCAUGGUAGCGUCAAGCCGGGGGAGGAUGAGCACGAGGCGUCCUACGCGUACUUCCUAGGGGUCUCUCUUGGCAGCGUUCUGGUGAUCGUAUUUUUUAUCGUUUUCCUUAAACAUUUAAUUCGCAGCCAAACACCUGCCUUACCAGACAUGCAGGCUGAAAUAGCCCAACCCUUAUUACAAGCCUAAUGCUACUUGGAAGUGGAGGUUGUACAAUGAUGUCAGUGUUUCAAGGUUUCAAAUUCUAGGAAAUGAAUUUCAGACAUUUGCACAGAUCAUUAAACAGUUAUAAACAUAUACAGGCACAGCCACACACACACACACACACACACACCUAUAAAUACACGCACCUGAAAAAGUGAGGAAGUAUAUUUCUGUUGUUCUCUCUGGUUUGGGGGUAGAUAAAAUCCUGCUUUAGUUGGACUUGCACAUAUAAUGUAUAUAUUUAGCAACUUUGCACUAUUUAAAGUACCUUAUAUAUUGCACUUUAAAAUACUCUCCUAAUGGGUACUCUUACGCAAAACGCACUUUAUUGACAAUUACGUCUUCUAGCUUGGUUGAAAAAGACAAUUUUUUUUCUGCCAGCAUCGCAGAAUACUUCCUGUUCAAACUGAAUGAAAUUUCUACUAAUUCCUGAAUACGGUAGAAAUCUGUCCCCUUAACCUGGGAGCAUAAGAAAGUCAAAACUGUUGAAAAUGGAAUGAAACGUGAUGACUUUUGUACAUUGAAUUUUGGAGAGAUGCAUUCCCAACAGGGGACACAUCUGUGGGUGUUUCCUCUCAAAAUUUCUUUUUAAAAGACCUGGGUUUUCAUUUUAUGUUUCCUAAAAUAAAUAAAUAAAUAAAAGCCUCAAAUACUGACAAGUUCGCCCUAAACAUGCUGUUUCUCUCAUGAAAUUCAUUAUUAUUUUGUGAUGAGUCGUUUUGCUCUGAUUAUAUAAUAAUGAGGACACCACGAAUAUACAUGUCAUUCGUACACAGUCCAACACUGGCCUGUUCUGAACAGAAGAGAUUGGGGACCGUGUCAGCAAUGUCUUCCCUUGUUCUGUACUUAUCUGCUUCUUUGAAAACCGAAUCACUGCUAAUCACAUUAAAAAUCAAAUUGGAUACAAC